AUGAUUCUUGCGACCCGCUCGCAGAAACUUAUUAUCUUGCUGAAAAUGGGCUUCAUCACUGGCAGGCAGGCGUUAACGAUGCCAAGCAGGGCUUCGAGGCAUGUUAGAAGGGCAAUUAUCGCUGAUGGCGCAGAUUCUAUACGAGAGAUCAGCAUGGCAUUUCCUCGCUCCCUUAAAUCUUUUGUUGAGGGCUACUCACACUACUCCCAUCGAGAACAUGCCGGUUAUGACGAGCUUCUGCCUCAUCCGCAUUUGAAGACCCCACAGAACGGGCAUCGGGAGCGCAACAGUCGUGACGUCCAUCAUGAGGUUGAAUACUCCGAUGAACAGAUCGAGAGACUUCUGAUCACCACAGAAGCCAUCGAUGGACUGAUUCCAGAGAAACGCAAACGGCCGGCAUAUCAAACAGCAAGCUAG